UUGGAUGUUCGGUGUCUUGCGCAAGGGUCUCACCUCAGUCGUGGUAUUGAGGUUGGAAGAGAGCGCUGGUCAUUCACUCCCCCCACCUACAAUCCCUGCCGGACCUGAGACUCGAACCCACAACCUUCAGGUUCACCUUCGGGUUGCAAGUCCAUUAGGCCACGACUGCCCCCAGCUGGCAUAAUAGUUGUUCUUUGGUGCCAAAUACCCACAUCACUACACCAGUGUUUUAAAUGAACACUGUUAUGAUGGGAUUCAUUAGGGCUGCAUUAAGUGCAUACGAGAAACAUCUUUUAGAAAUGUGAUGUAAGGUGGGAAUUUUGCAGGAGCAGGAGCAGGUGCCAGCCUGUGCCACACAUGCAGCUACAGCCCUGAUGGCAGAAUGAACAUACUGCACAAAGAAGCACAGCUGUGUCUGACAGAGAACGAGGUUUUCUACACCCUAACAAUUAGCUUAUAGUACUAAUAAAGCCAUCAGAGAAGCAUGUAAUAAAGCUGUGGUAUUAGGUUUCCCCCUAGUGGAAGAAAUGACACAUUACAGUUCUCCUAGCGGGCUUCUGUGCCAGUCUACAUUAACACAACUUGCACCUUGUUGUUCGGGUGUAGAAGUGGGUGUUUUCAGUCAGACGUGGAGUUUACCCUGGGAAUGCUGUUUCCUCCGCCUUCUCCUCAGCACGUGUGCUGCAGUCCUAGCACUGCACACAAAGCAGACUGAUGGAUUUCCUCGACACUGUGUGCACUGGAGGUAUUUUGUGAUUAGGGGCGUGUUUAUUAGCAGAAGGAAAAGCCAGCGCUCUCCGGCACCUCCUCCUGUUCCUCAAAUCAUGAUUGCACCGAAGCGCGCGCUCGGGUGCACGACAAAUGCGAGGCUUUUUUUCUAGGACAGCGCACUGCUCAUAACAUCUUCGGAUGAGAAUUCCUACUCCCACAAGAUUUCUUCAUCAGAGGGCCAGAUCAGAGGGGAUCGUCAGCCAGUCCUGAUCACCCCAUGUAAAACUCCACUAUGUCUGCCGUUGAUCCUUAUCAGUACAUCAUUGUAGAGCAGCAGUACUCCCACAAGUUCAAAGUGAAAGUGCUGCGUGCAGAAAAUGUCACCAAAGGAGCUCUGGGUGACUUGUUGGACACCCCGGACCCCUACGUGGAGCUUUUCAUUCCCACAGCUCCUGAGAGCAGGAAGAGGACACGGCACAUCGAUAAUGACAUCAACCCUGAGUGGAAUGAAAGCUUCGAGUUCAUACUGGACCCAAACCAGGACAAUGUUCUGGAGGUGACGUUAAUGGAUGCUAAUUAUGUGAUGGAUGAGACACUGGGUAUGACGUCAUAUUCCAUUUCCAAUCUCAAAGUGGGACAAAAGGAACUGGUGCCAUUUCUUAUAGGAAAAACCACCAAAGUGUUCUUAGAGCUCAGUCUGGAGGUUUGUUCUGCUAUUGACCUGCGGUUUAGUCUUGCCCUGUGUGACAAAGAGAAGUUGUAUAGGCAGCAGCGAAGAGAGCAGGUCAUGCUGGCUAUCAAGAAACUGCUGGACAUGGAGAAGCCUCGAUUCCUGCCUUCUAGCCCCCAGGAGGUCCCUGUGAUAGCUGUGGUAGGAUCAGGUGGUGGAUUCAGGGCGAUGGUCGGCUUCUCAGGGGUCAUGAAGGCCCUGUAUGAGUCAGGAGUUCUGGACUGUGCAACAUACGUCGCUGGCCUCUCUGGCUCCACAUGGUACAUGUCUACGCUGUACUCUCACCCGGAGUUCCCUAAGAAAGGCCCAGAGCAGAUUAAUCAGGAGCUAAUGAAGAGCGUGAGCAGCAACCCUCUCCGCCUGCUCCUGCCGCAGCACAUCACCAGCUAUGUCCAGGCUCUGUGGACCAAAAAGGCUAGUGGUCAGCCUGUCACCUUUGCCGACAUCUUUGGCAUGCUUAUCGGAGAAACACUUAUUCCUGCUAGGAUGGACUCUAAGUUGAGUGAGAUGCAGGAGAAAAUUAAUGAAGCUCAGUCUCCUUUGCCACUUUUUACCUGCCUGCAUGUCAAACCAGAUGUGUCCGAGCUCAUGUUCGCUGAUUGGGUGGAGUUCAGUCCUUAUGAGAUUGGCAUGGCUAAAUAUGGCACAUUCAUGUCCCCUGACCUUUUCGGCAGCAAAUUCUUCAUGGGAACCGUAGUUAAGAAAUAUGAGGAGAAUCCUCUGCACUUCUUAAUGGGGGUCUGGGGCAGUGCCUUCUCCAUUCUUUUUAACAGAGUACUGGGGGUAAAGGAUUUCCCUGGGGGAAGCACCAUGGAGGAGGAGCUGGAACAUAUAAAACCUGAGCAUAUUGUGGGAGAAGACAGCCUAGACAAUGAUGAAGAGCCACGCAAAGUCAGCAUGCAGAAUGACCAUCAGCACGCACAGGCCAGCUGGAUGCAGCGCAUGGUCACCUCGCUGUUCAGCGACUCCGCUCUGUUUAACACACGUGAGGGCAGAGCGGGAAAAGUGCACAACUUCAUGCUGGGUCUCAACCUGAACACUAGCAUCCCUUUCUCACCCUUCAGUGAUGUCCUGACCCAAAACAGUCCCGAGGAGGAGGUGGAUGCUGUAACAGACCCCAAUGAGUUUGACCGCAUCUACGAGCCUCUAGAUGUAAAGAGCAAGAAGAUCCAUGUCGUGGACAGCGGUCUGACCUUUAACCUGCCCUAUCCUUUGAUCCUGAGACCCCAGAGGGGUGUUGACCUCAUUAUCUCCUUUGACUUCUCGGCCCGACCUGGUGACUCAAGUCCUCCAUUCAAGGAGCUUUUGUUGGCUGAGAAAUGGGCACGCAUGAACAAGCUUCCAUUUCCCAGAAUCGAUCCCAAAGUGUUUGACCGGGAAGGGAUGAAAGAGUGCUAUGUCUUUAAGCCCAGUAAGGGUGACAAGAACUGUCCCACUGUCAUUCAUUUCGUCUUGGUUAACCUAGACUUCAGAAAGUUCAAAGCCCCAGGAGUUCCUCGAGAAACUGAACAGGAAAAAGAGUUUGCUGACUUUGACAUCUUUGAUGACCCAGAAACACCAUACUCCACCUUUAACUUCCAGUAUUCCAACAAGGCCUUCACUCAGCUGCAUGACCUCAUGGAGUUCAACACACUCAACAACAUAGAGGUGAUCAAAGAGGCAAUCAAGGAGAGCAUUGUGUACAGGAAGGAGAAUCCAUCUCGCUGCUCUGUGUCCCUUUCUCUCAGUGAGAUACAGAACAAAAGGUUGUUGAAGAGGGAUGCCAGAGGGCUCUUGCGCAAGUGACCUGGUGGAUUAUAAACUGAUUAAAGUUCUGCUUACAGCUGAACUGGUCACAGAUGUGAAAUUCUUAUUUCAUUUCAUUAUUUGAUUUAAAUGAUUGUAAUGAUAGAAGACAUGUAAAGUACAAUCCUCUCAAAAGGUUGGUCCUGGAAAGAUGGUAAUCCGUACCUGCAUUAUCAUUGUCUGACAACUUGUAGAGAAUUGUAAUGUUUUAAUUCAAUUUGGUGAAUUUUACAUAUUGUGUUGUGUCAAACAUUAAUUUGGAGAUCUAGAUUUUCCUCUUUCUAAUCUCAUUUGCUCUUUGGUUAACCCCAGUUAGGCCAAUUCUAAAUGGCUAAAUUCAGAGUUGUUUUGUUUUUUCCUCAAAUCUGUUCAUUCUGUCUUCAUAGCUCGCAUUCAUGCUUGUAAAUCAUCAAAUAUUAAUGUUAACAGACCUUUGCCAUGAAAUAACCCACAUGUGCAGAUUUUAAAAUUUAGCAGUGUUGCAUACAUGAUAAAAUAAAAAAGUGUAUCCUUUUUUUGUGACACAGUCACUCCAUCAGUGCAGCAGCACGAUGACCAGACUUGCAGAAUAAAGCUUCCCUUGAAAAAACUGUUUGCUUUGGAGAAGACAUCAGUUCAACAAGGGCAAGAAAAGUUCAAAAGCACAGCUUUUGCUGUUUUUGCAAGUAUUACCGGCAGUCUGAUGUUUCUCUUUCACUGCUGACACGCUGCUCACACUGAAUAAGAACUGGAGUGAUAAGUGCAAGCGUACUGUAACAACACUUACAGUCCUAUCUGACUUAAUAUCACAUUAUGUUCAUGAACCCAUGUUUGAUAUGUAUCCAAUCCGGAACCACAUACGAAAAGUGACUCAAAUCUGAAUUGUAAAUUUUGUAAAAUGUGGGGGAGAAAAACAACUUUUGUGUCACAUUCAGAUAGUUAUGAUUGUGCUGUUUAAACCUGUAAUGAGAAAUUGUUUUUAGUAUAUAAUCGUGUUCUGUGAGAGAGACAGAGACGGGGAGAGACACAGAGGAAGAGCAGUGCUGGAGCAUGUUUUCGACACUUUUCACAUCAUCCUCAACCCCACCUGAGUGGAAGCAGGGUGACAGACAGCAGGAUUACAGACUCACACAGACGUGGACGGCAGCAGCAUGCGGUGAAAUUUUACACACUACAGUUUGAGUGGAGCAGAACUGCAGCACAGAGGGGACAUUUUCUUUAUUUAAUCAAAUUACAUCACAUUCCUGAUGAAUAUUGUAUGGUUAUCCCCUUCAGAUACUCUGUCCAUGUUCAUCACAUGAUUCACAGAUUUUUCUUAAUUAAAAUUCAUAAAUUAAGAUAAAAAUUUGCUGAUUGGUUAAUGGAAAAUUAACACACACACACCCCCCCCCCAAAAAAAAAAAUUCUGAGGGGAUAAGUUUGUUUUCUUUUUAUGAAAG